AUGACGAAAUCCGCGACGACGAUGUUGACGAAACCUCAGGCGGUGGACAGGAAACGGUGGGAAAUCGGAUACAUCACUAUCGGUGCCGAUAUGAAUGGACCGCGCAGAGAAGGUUGCUUAAGGUCAACUGGGCGCGAAUCGCGAACAAUUUCAUUGGUGGGCGCGGCGAUGAGCGCGCGCCACCACCUGUCCGCAACACCGGAUGUCGUGCCUGAUCUCGCUCUCCCCACCUACUCACCUCAGAGAAGGGGGUAUGAGGGGUCGGCGGGGAGGGAUGGGGAGGGAGGGGGACGCCGAAAAGCCGCUCCCAAAGCGCUCCAUCUCCCCCCAGGAAUCGGACGAACGUGGACGUCCCUAAUGUCGUCGCCUCCGUUCUUUCUUUGCAAUCACGGGGCCGCGAAAAACAUCACCUCCUCGGGCGCAAUUCGAACGUUUGACGUU